UCGUGACAGCAGUGGGAGCAGAGCAGCGGGAGGAUGGAGAGCGAGCCUGCACUGAACGGCCACGCUGCCCCUGUGUCUCCCCAGGAAGCCACCCCAGGAGCAAAGCACUGGUGCCAGGACGUGCUGGCCCGCAAGGAGAGCAGAAUGACGGGGAAGGAGGGUCCCAGCAAGGCCCUGGCAGCAGCUGGCAGCAUUGCUGGGGUGUACGUGGAGGCUUCCAAGCAGAUGAUGGGUUUCUAUGAUGCCACCAGGGAGCACCUCCUGAGUCUGGAGUCGGCGCUUUGGCUCCUCGAGGCCCAGGCAGCCACGGGCGCCCUGGCUGACCCGGUGAAGAGCAGGCGGGUGCCUGUGGUGGAAGCUGUGCAGGCAGGGCUGGUGGGGCUGGAGCUGAAGGACAAGCUGCUCGCUGCAGAGAAAGCUGCCACCGGUUUCGUGGACCCCUACACGGAAGAGAAGAUUCCCCUGUUCCAGGCCAUGCAGAAGGAGCUGGUGGGGAGGGACCAAGGCAUCCGCCUGCUCCAGGCCCAGAUCGCGACCGGUGGCAUCAUUGACCCCAGCACCGGCCACCGGCUCCCAGCGGAUGUGGCCUGUGAGAGGGGGUAUUUAGAUGAAGAGAUGAGCCAGCUCCUCUCCGAUCCAAGCAAUGAGGAUGGCAAAAGGUUCCUCAACCCCAGUACGAUGGAGAGGGUCACCUACAUGGAGCUUAUCAAGCGCUGUGUCACUGAACCAGGCUCAGGCUUCCUCCUCUUGCCCCUGCAGACGACGUUCCCGGGGCUGGGAGGGCGGGUGAGCAGCAGGGACCUGCUGGACUCGGGCAUCAUCAGCUCGGACACGUUCCGAGGUCUCGAGGAGGGCAGGGUCUCUGCCCAGGAGGUUGCCGAGAGUGACUCAGUUCAGCGGUUCCUGCGUGGGACGAGGACCGUGGCAGGCAUUGCCUUGCCUUCCGGUGAGCAGAAGAGCAUCUACCAGGCCCUGAGGGAGCAUCUCCUCAUGCCUGGCACUGCCCUGCUGCUCCUGCAGGUGCAGGCCUCCACCGGCAGCCUGACGGACCCCAUCAAGAACAAAAGCUAUUCAGUGGAUGAGGCUGUUAGAGUUGGUCUCAUUGGCCCAGAGCUUCAUGAGAAACUGUCUUCAGCUGAGAAGAGCAUCACAGGGUACAGGGACCCCUGCACUGGAGAGAUGCUCUCUCUGUUCCAAGCCAUCAGGAAGGGCUUUGUCUCCAAGGAUCACGGCCUCUGCCUUCUGGAGGCUCAGGUAGCCACUGGUGGGGUGAUUGCUCCAGGAAAACACCUCCGUGUCCCCGCAGAGACAGCCUGCAAGUGGGGGUACCUGGACGAGGCCACGAGACAGCUCCUCUCCACUCCUACCAGUGACAUGAAAGGGUUCUUGGACCCCAGCUCCAAGGAGAAGUUGACCUACGCAGACCUGCUCCAGCGCUGUGUGACUGAUCCCAGCACUGGGCUCCUGCUGCUGCCCCUUGGAGGAGACAGCAGAGAGGGGCUCAAGGGAACCCACCUCUUCUUUGACCACAAGACCCAGACAGCUCUGGAAAACACAGGGGUACCUGUGGCUUUGGGCAAAUUCAAGGGAAGGUCCGUGUCCCUCUGGAAACUUCUCUUCUCAGACUGCAUCCAGAGCGAGCAAAGAGCUGCUCUAUCCCAGCAGUACCUGGCAGGAGCCCUCUCCAUGCAAGAGCUGAGUAAGGCAGUCAGUGCCACCAUCGAGGAGAUGGCUUCCCCUGCUAACGUCACCUUCGAAGGACUGAGGGACCGGGUGACAGCUGACCAGCUCCUGAGCUCUGAAAUCAUCAACAGAGAUUUGUUCAAGAAACUGAAGGAGGGAGAAACGUCGGCCAAAGAAGUGGUCAGCAUGGACACGGUCAAGAAGUACCUGCAAGGGACAGGUAGCAUUGGUGGACUGCUGCUUCCUGACUCCCAGGACAAGAUCAGCAUCUACCAGGCAAAGCGGAAGGGACUUCUAAGGCCAGGAACGUCCCUGAUCCUCCUGGAGGCCCAGGCUGCCACCGGGUUCAUCAUUGACCCGGCUGCCAACAGAAGGUAUUCUGUGGAGGAGGCCUUGCGAGCAGGUGUCAUUGGCCCUGAUGUCUACGACAAGCUUCUGGCUGCAGAGAAAUCGGUCACUGGCUACAGAGACCCUUACUCAGGGAGCACCAUCUCCCUCUUCCAGGCCAUGCAGAAGGAGCUCAUCGUCAGGGAGCACGGCAUCCGCCUGCUGGAGGCCCAGAUCGCCACCGGAGGCAUCAUCGACCCUGUCAACAGCCACCGCAUCCCCGUGGAGGUGGCCUACAAGCGCGGGUACUUUGACAAGAAGAUGAACUUGAUCCUCUCGGACCCCAGCGACGACACCAAGGGCUUCUUUGACCCCAACACCCACGAGAACCUCACCUACCUGCAGCUGAAGGAGAAGUGCAUCACUGAGCCCUCCACCGGGCUCUGCCUCCUGCCCCUGAACAGCAGAAAGCGGCAGUUUGUGGAUGAAGCCACCAGGCGGGUGUUCCAGAGCUCCGGGCUGCGGGUCAGGUUUGGGAGGCUGCGGGGAGAGAAGGUCUCUGUGUGGGACCUGCUCAACUCUGAGUACUUCAGCGAGGGGAAGCGCCGGGAGAUAUUCAACCACUACCAGCUGCGGAAGCUCAGCCUGGAGCGCAUCCGAGCCAUGCUGGAGGAGGAAAUGAAAAGAUGGGCGCCCAUCAAGUUCCCAGCCAUGAGGGGCAGUGUCAGCGCCUACCACCUGAUGGAGACGGGUGUCAUUGACAGGGCCCUGUUUGAGAGGGUGCUGGAGGGAGCCGUCACGCCGGAGGAAGUCCUGCACAUGGACUCUGUCAGAAAGUACCUCUACGGCUCUGGCAGCAUCGGGGGGAUCGUUCUCCAGCCGUCAAAUCAGAGGAUAAGCAUUUAUGAGGCCAUGAAGCAAAACAUCAUGCUGCCUGGAAUGGCCCUCCCGUUGCUGGAGGCCCAGGCUGCCACAGGCUUCAUCAUCGACCCAGUUAACAACCAGAAGCUCUGUGUGGACGAUGCCGUCAAGAAGGGAGUCAUUGGACCAGAAGUCCAUGAGAAGCUGCAGCAUGCAGAAGGGGCUGUCACAGGCUAUAAGGAUCCUUUCACAGGCAAGAAGAUACCCCUCUUCCAGGCAAUGAAGAAGGGCCUGAUCACGGACAAACAGGCCAUGCAGUUGAUGGAGGUGCAGAUGGCUACCGGAGGCAUCAUUGACCCAACUUGUGGCCACUAUAUCCCCAUAGACUCUGCCCAGAAGCGGGGGUGCCUGGAUGAGGACACGAGCAAGGCCCUUUCUAAGCCCAGUGAUGCCAACAGAGCCUUCUGUGUCCCAGACAGCAAAGAGACCGUGAGCUAUGCAGAGCUGAUCGAGCGCUGCCAGAAGGACGAGGUCUCCGGCUUCCACUUGUUGCCCGUGCCACAGGCGGCUGCUCCUGCCCGCAGCGACGAAGAAAUCCAGCGGAUCUUUGAGGAGACCGUGGUGGAGGAGAGAGGGGUCUCCCUGUGGGAACUAAUCCACUCCGGGUAUUUCACUGAGGAGCAGAGGAGGAGGGACUUUGUGGAGAGGUUCCGGUCCGAGGAAGCGUCACUGCAGGAGCUGGUUGCUCUUGUGCUCAGCUUGGUUGGGGAGAUGGAGAUGAAAGCCCGCACCCAGCUCACCCUGGAGGGCCUGCGGGGCAGCGUCCCUGCAGUGUGGCUGCUGGACGCUGGCAUCAUCACGAAGCAGACAUUUGAAGAACUGGCCCAGGGCGUACGAACUCCUGAGGAGGUGGCUGCGAUGGAGAGUGUGAGGAGGUACCUGCAGGGCACAGGCAGCAUUGCUGGGGUAUUCAUAGAGGCAUCCCGAAAGAAGAUGAGCUUCUACGAUGCCAUGAAGAACCACCUCCUCCUCCCUGGGGCUGCUCUGAGGCUGCUGGAAGCUCAGGCGGCCACAGGGUACCUGAGUGACCCAGCAACAAACCAGAGACUCAGUGUGAGGGACGCAGUGAGAGCUGCUCUAGUGGGUGAAGAGCUCACUGAGAAGCUCCUGCUGGCCGAGCGGGCAGUGACCGGGUACACGGACCCCUACACCGGAAACUCCAUCUCCCUAUGCCAAGCGCUCAGGAAGGAGCUGAUUCCUCUGGGAGAGGCUGUUCCCUUGCUGGAGGCCCAGCUGGCCACUGGCGGGGUCAUUGAUCCCAUUCACCACCUCCACCUUCCACUCCAGGCCGCGUACAGGUACGGCUUCUACGAUGAGGACCUCCACCAAACCCUGUCCCAGCUGGAUGACAGAACCCAACUCUUCUUUGAUCCAAACACAAAGGAGAACGUGACCUACCAGCAGCUGAAGGACAGAUGCUUUCAGGAGCCUGAGUCAGGUCUCUGGCUUCUUCCCCUGUCCGAAAACGCGAUGUUCUGUGUGGAUGAGCAGACCAUGGAGGUGCUGAAAUCUGUGACUGUCUGUGUCAACAUAGGGCGCUUCAAAGGACAGACAGUGUCAGUCUGGGACCUCCUCAACUCCGAAUACCUCUCAGACAGCAGGAGAAGAGAGCUGGUGCAAAGGUACAAAGAGGAGAACACUGAAGUGCUGCAUGAAAUCAUAGCAAUCGUCACCACAAUCAUCAAAGAGACAGAGACACAAGGAAAGAAGUUUGCUUUCCAGGGCCUGCGGAAAAGAGUUUCUGCCAGUGACCUCUUCCAGUCCCAACUGAUAGACAAGAAAACCCUCGAUGAGCUCAACCAGGGGAAGAAAACAGUCAAAGAAGUCACUGAAAUGGACUCUGUCCGCAGGUACCUGGAGGGCAGCAAUUUCAUAGCGGGGGUCCUCAUACAGCCAAGCAAUGUGAAGAUGAGCAUCUACCAGGCCAUGAGGAAGGGCAUCCUGAGGCCAGGGACAGCGCUGGUGCUGCUGGAGGCACAGGCUGCCACCGGCUACAUCAUUGACCCAGAGAAGAACCAGAAGUGCUCAGUGGAGGAAGCAUUAGCUGCAGGUCUAAUUGGAGGGGAGGUGUUUGAGAAGCUGCUCUGUGCAGAGCGGGCCGUGACGGGCUACACCGAUCCCUACACGAAAGCCCCAAUGUCCUUGUUUGAAGCCAUGAACCAAGGACUGAUCGUGAAGAGCCACGGCAUCCGCCUGCUCGAGGCCCAGAUCGCCACCGGCGGCAUCAUCGACCCCGUGCACAGCCACCGCAUCCCAGUGGAGGUGGCCUACCAGCGCGGGUACUUCGACCAGGAGAUGAACCAGAUCCUGUCGGACCCCAGCGACGACACCAAGGGCUUCUUCGACCCCAACACCCACGAGAACCUCACCUACAUGCAGCUCCUGGAGAGAUGUGUCCAGGAUUCAGAGACGGGGCUGUACAUGCUGCAGGUUGUACAGGAGGGAGGCAGGUACUUCUACAUUGAUGAGUUUACAAAGCAGGAUUUGCGCUCCAAGCCUCUAAACAUCAAAGUUGGGAAGUUUAAGGACCAGACAGUUUCCAUCUGGGAAAUUCUCUGCUCUCAUUACAUCUCCGAGCAGAAAAGGAAAGAACUGGUGAUGCAGUACAAGUGCAAAACCCUAACCCUGGCAGGCCUUACAGCCCUCCUCUUCAGAAUCAUUGAGGACACAGAGCAGAGAGCAGGAGCCCUCAAGGUGAAAGGACUCCGGGGGGAUGUGUCAGUAUCAGAAUUGUUUAACUCUGAGAUCAUUGACAAGAAAACCCUAGAGCAGCUCCAGGAUGGAAGCCUCCCGCUGGCCAGCCUCACCAAGAGGGACACCGUCAAGAGGUACUUAGAGGGCACUGGAUGCAUUGCCGGGGUUCUACUCCCAUCAAGGAAAGAGAAGAUGAGCAUCUACCAGGCCCUGGAGAAGGGCCUUCUCACAGAGCAGUGUGCUCUGGGGCUGCUAGAGGCACAGGCUGCCACUGGUUUCCUCAUUGACCCACUGAAAAAUGAGAAGCUCUCCGUGGACGAGGCCAUCUCGUCUGGACUGGUGGGGAGCAACUUCCAGAGGCAGCUCCUGUCCGCAGAGAAAGCGGUGACCGGAUACACAGAUCCUCAAACAGGGAAGAAGAUGUCCCUCUUUCAGGCCAUAAAGCAGAAGGUAACAGUCAAGGAGCACGGCAUCCGCCUGCUCGAGGCCCAGAUCGCCACUGGCGGCAUCAUCGACCCCGAGCACAGCCACCGCCUGCCCCUGGAGGUGGCCUACCGGCGCGGACACUUGGAUGAUGACAUGUUCCUCAUGCUGUCUGAUCCUGACCAUGGCAGCAAAGGUUUUAUAGAUCCAAACACUCACGAGAAGAUCAGCUACAGCCAGCUCCUGCAGAGAUGUUCCAAAGACAGGGAAACGGGCUGGUACCUGCUGCAGGUCAUGGAGAAGGAUGAUGACUAUUUCUAUAUCGACGAGCAAACAAAAGCAGCCCUGAUGUCUACAAAGGUGCAAGUGCCUGUUGGAAAAUACAAAGGACAGGUACUAUCACUGUGGGAACUUCUCUGCUCUGAGUACAUCACAGAGGAGAAGAGAAAAGAACUGGUGAAAAAGUACAAAGAGGAAUCACAUCACAUUAUCCAAGGAAUCAUUGAAACAAUACUGAACAUCAUUAAAGAGAAAGAAGAAGGCAGAAGUGAUGUAUGGUUCCAAGGAAUCAGACAACAGAUCACAGCAACAGAACUUCUCAGUGCCCAGAUAAUUACAAAAGAAACGAUGGAAAAACUCCACAAAGGAAGAGAGACGGCAGAAGGAAUAUCUCAGAUGGACAGCGUGAGAAGAUACCUGGAAGGAACGGGAAGCAUUGCUGGCAUCCUGGUGCCCUCCAAAGCUGAGCCCGGCAAGCUGGAGAAGAUGAGCAUCUACCAGGCCAUGUGGAAGGGCAUCCUGCGGCAGGGCACGGCCCUGGUGCUGCUGGAGGCGCAGGCUGCCACCGGAUUCAUCAUUGACCCAGUGGCUAACAAGAAGCUCUCUGUGGAUGAAGCUGUCUCCUCGGGGCUCGUAGGAAGUGAACUCCAGAAGAAACUUCUCUCUGCAGAGAGAUCAGUGACGGGCUACACCGACCCCUGCACGGGACAAAAGAUCUCCCUCUUCCAGGCCAUGCGGAAGGAGCUCAUCGUCAAGGAGCACGGCAUCCGCCUGCUCGAGGCCCAGAUCGCCACCGGCGGCAUCAUCGACCCCGUGCACAGCCACCGCCUGCCCGUGGAGGUGGCCUACCAGCGCGGGUACUUCGACCAGGAGAUGAACCAGAUCCUGUCGGACCCCAGCGACGACACCAAGGGCUUCUUCGACCCCAACACCCACGAGAACCUCACCUACAUGCAGCUCCUGCGCCGCUGCGUGCCCGACCCGCACACGGGGCUGCUGAUGCUGCAGCUCAUGGACAAGGGCUCCGUGCUCCACCAGCUGAGCGAGGAGGCCCGCCAAGCCCUGCAGGCCGCCCGCACCACGCUCAGCGUGGGGCUCUUCCAGGGACAGAGCGUCACCCUCUGGGAGCUCCUCUUCUCCCGCUACGUGCCCGAGCUCCGGCGCCAGGACCUGCUGCGCCGCUACAAGGCGGGGACUGUCACCAUCUCGGAGAUGAGCGCCCUCCUCACCACCAUCAUCACUGGGGCUGAGCAGCGGGCGGCCCCGGCGCCGGUUCGAGCCCAGAACGGCGAGACCGUGAGCUCCCGGCACGAGCGGGAGCGGGAGCUGGAGAUGCAGCAGGAGCGGGAGCUGGAGAUGCAGCAGAAGCAGGAGCGAGAGCAGGAGCGGGAGCUGGAGAUGCAGCAGGAGCGGGAGCUGGAGAUGCAGCAGGAGCAGGAGCGAGAGCUGGAGAUGCAGCAGAAGCAGGAGCUGGAGGGGGAACGGGAGCGGGAGCAGGAGCAGGAGCUGCAGCAGGAGCAGGAGCUGCAGCAGGAGCUGGAGCGGGAGCGGGAGCAGGAGCUGGAGCGGUCCCUGCGGUCCCGCAGCAUCGAGGUCCCGGGCAGCAGCUUCCUUGGCAGGAAGGUGUCCCUGUGGGAGCUCCUCUUCUCCAGGUACGUGAGGGAGGCCAAGAGGCAGGAGCUGCUGGGGCUGCUGCGCGCCGGGAGCCUGGCGCUGGACGAGCUGGCAGCGCUGCUGACGGCCCUGGUGCAGGAGGCGCAGGAGCGCAGCAGCGCGGUGAAGUUCAGGGGCCUCAGGAGGCAGGUGAGCGCCUCGGACCUGGCGGACUCGGGCAUCAUCGACAAGGACACGCUGGCCGACCUGGUGCAGGGCGCCCGGACAGUGGCCGAGGUGACGGAAAUGGCCUCGGUCAAGCGCUACCUGGACGGCACGGGCUGCAUCGCCGGCGUGCUGGUGCCCUGCAAGGGCGAGCCCGGCAAGCUGGAGAAGAUGAGCAUCUACCAGGCCAUGUGGAAGGGCAUCCUGCGGCAGGGCACGGCCCUGGUGCUGCUGGAGGCGCAGGCUGCCACCGGCUUCCUGGUGGACCCGCUGGCCAACAGGAAGCUCUCCGUGGACGAGGCCGUCUCCUCGGGGCUGGUGGGGCCCGAGCUGCACGAGAAGCUGCUGUCGGCCGAGCGCGCCGUGACGGGCUACACCGACCCCUACAGCGGGGAGCAGAUCUCCCUCUUCCAGGCCAUGCGGAAGGAGCUCAUCGUCAAGGAGCACGGCAUCCGCCUGCUCGAGGCCCAGAUCGCCACCGGCGGCAUCAUCGACCCCGUGCACAGCCACCGCCUGCCCGUGGAGGUGGCCUACCAGCGCGGGUACUUCGACCAGGAGAUGAACCAGAUCCUGUCGGACCCCAGCGACGACACCAAGGGCUUCUUCGACCCCAACACCCACGAGAACCUCACCUACAUGCAGCUCCUGCGCCGCUGCGUGCCCGACCCGCACACGGGGCUGCUGAUGCUGCAGCUCAUGGACAAGGGCUCCGUGCUCCACCAGCUGAGCGAGGAGGCCCGCCAAGCCCUGCAGGCCGCCCGCACCACGCUCAGCGUGGGGCUCUUCCAGGGACAGAGCGUCACCCUCUGGGAGCUCCUCUUCUCCCGCUACGUGCCCGAGCUCCGGCGCCAGGACCUGCUGCGCCGCUACAAGGCGGGGACUGUCACCAUCUCGGAGAUGAGCGCCCUCCUCACCACCAUCAUCACUGGGGCUGAGCAGCGGGGCCCCGGCGCUGGUUCGAGCCCAGAACGGUGAGACCGUGAGCUCCCGGCACGAGCGGGAGCGGGAGCUGGAGAUGCAGCAGAAGCGGGAGCUGGAGAUGCAGCAGAAGCAGGAGCGAGAGCAGGAGCGGGAGCUGGAGAUGCAGCAGAAGCAGGAGCUGGAGCGGGAACGGGAGCGGGAGCAGGAGCGGGAGCUGGAGAUGCAGCAGAAGCAGGAGCUGGAGCGGGAGCGGGAGCGAGAGCAGGAGCGGGAGCUGGAGAUGCAGCAGAAGCAGGAGCGGGAGCAGGAGCAGGAGCGAGAGCGGAACGGGAGCAGGAGCUGGAGCGGUCCCUGCGGUCCCGCAGCAUCGAGGUCCCGGGCAGCAGCUUCCUUGGCAGGAAGGUGUCCCUGUGGGAGCUCCUCUUCUCCAGGUACGUGAGGGAGGCCAAGAGGCAGGAGCUGCUGGGGCUGCUGCGCGCCGGGAGCCUGGCGCUGGACGAGCUGGCAGCGCUGCUGACGGCCCUGGUGCAGGAGGCGCAGGAGCGCAGCAGCGCGGUGAAGUUCAGGGGCCUCAGGAGGCAGGUGAGCGCCUCGGACCUGGCGGACUCGGGCAUCAUCGACAAGGACACGCUGGCCGACCUGGUGCAGGGCGCCCGGACAGUGGCCGAGGUGACGGAAAUGGCCUCGGUCAAGCGCUACCUGGACGGCACGGGCUGCAUCGCCGGCGUGCUGGUGCCCUGCAAGGGCGAGCCCGGCAAGCUGGAGAAGAUGAGCAUCUACCAGGCCAUGUGGAAGGGCAUCCUGCGGCAGGGCACGGCCCUGGUGCUGCUGGAGGCGCAGGCUGCCACCGGCUUCCUGGUGGACCCGCUGGCCAACAGGAAGCUCUCCGUGGACGAGGCCGUCUCCUCGGGGCUGGUGGGGCCCGAGCUGCACGAGAAGCUGCUGUCGGCCGAGCGCGCCGUGACGGGCUACACCGACCCCUACAGCGGGGAGCAGAUCUCCCUCUUCCAGGCCAUGCGGAAGGAGCUCAUCGUCAAGGAGCACGGCAUCCGCCUGCUCGAGGCCCAGAUCGCCACCGGCGGCAUCAUUGACCCUGUGCACAGCCACCGCCUGCCCGUGGAGGUGGCCUACCAGCGCGGGUACUUCGACCAGGAGAUGAACCAGAUCCUGUCGGACCCCAGCGACGACACCAAGGGCUUCUUCGACCCCAACACGGAGGAGAACCUCACCUACAUGCAGCUCCUGCGCCGCUGCGUGCCCGACCCGGACACAGGUCUUUAUUUUCUCAAUAUUUCUCGAAUGACCAGUGACCUGAAGCACCAGUACAGGUCCUGCCGCUCCCAGUUUCCCUGGAAUCACAUGUCAGGGGGCAGAGUGAACCAGCCCAGGGCCAUGGAGGGCUCCGUGGCAGCCGAACCACAGGCAGGGCUCUCCAGAAGCAGCUGUGCUGAGCAGCUGCCAGAAGAAGGUGAUGGCAGAGCCCAGGACCCCACCAUGCGCCUGCUCUCUCCACAGCCAUUGCUGUUCCAGGCUCCAGUAGGACAGAGCCUGGAGCGGGCACCGGGGCCGCACAGAGCCCGCUUUGGGAUGGCACCCUGCCUGCAGACAAACACGGUGCAUGUGUUAGCUGUACUGUCCCCAGAGACAACGCACAAGAUGAGUGGACCCUCUCAGAACAAUAGGUCAACUGACAUGGGAAGUAACGUGGCUGAGGAUGAACACAGAGAGAUGGGUGUUGGUGGGAGUAACUUCAUAGCCGGAGUCUUCCUCCAGGCCAUGAGUAAGAAGAUGAGUAUCUACGAUGCCAUGAUAAGGGGGCUGCUGACGCCUGGCACAGCUCUGGUGCUUCUGGAGGCACAGGCUGCUUCAGGGCUCCUCACCGACCCCGUGAGGAACCAGAAGCUGUCGGUGGAAGAGGCGCUGAGGGCGGGACUCAUCGGCAGAGACUUCUACGAGAAGCUGCUGUCGGCCGAGGGAGCCGUCACAGGCUACACGGAGCCGUACACAGGCCACCCCAUCUCCCUCUUCCAGGCCAUGCAGAAGGAGCUCAUCGUCAAGGAGCAUGCUGUCCGCCUGCUCGAGGCCCAGAUCGCCACCGGUGGCAUCAUUGACCCCGUGCACAGCCACCGCAUCCCGGUGGAAGAGGCCCACAAGCGCGGGUACUUCGACCAGGAGAUGUGCCAGUUCCUUUCUAACCCCAAGAACCAAAUAAGAAGUUGCUUUGACCCCAACACCCAUGAAAACCUCACUUACACACAGCUCCUGCGCCGCUGCGUGCCCGACCCCGACACGGGGCUGCCGAUGCUCCACGUGAUGGACAAGGGCUCUGUGGUCCAUGAGCUCAGCAAGGAUGCUCGGAAAGCCCUGCAGGCCGCCCGCACCACGCUCAGCGUGGGGCUCUUCCAGGGACACAGCGUCACCCUCUGGGAGCUCCUCUUCUCCCGCUACGUGCCCGAGCAGCAGAGAGAGGAGCUCCUGAGGAAGUACAAGGCAGGGACUGUCACCAUCCCGGAGAUGAGCACCCUCCUCCCCACCAUCAUCACUGGGGCAGGAAUGAACAAUGGCCAUCGGAGCUCACCCACAGUUACGGCCAGCACCAAGGUGGGAGCAUCACACCCAGCACAACCAGUUCAGGACAAGCAUUCCCAGGAGCAGCAGUUGAGAAAGUCCCUGAAGUCUGCAACCAUCCAUGUCACUGCUGGUGAAUUCCAGGGGCAAAAGGUUUCCUUGCUGGAUCUGCUGUUUUCCAGACAUAUCCCUCAAGGGAGGCGGCAGGAGCUGCUGGAGCUGUACAGAGCAGGGAUACUGACCACCGAACAAGUGGCCAUGGUGGUCACCACCAUCAUAAACAGAACUGCAGCUGCAAAUGCCGCACUCAGGGCCAGUGCCAGAGGUCCACACAGGGCAGAGACAAAAGCAGAGGAGGAUGGAGAUGGUUCUUCAACACAAUAUGCACAACUUGAUAACACCUUGAAGUCCACCACCAUUGGUGUGCUAGCCGGUGACUCGCAGGGGAGGCAGGUGCCUGUGUGGGACCUGCUCUUCUCUGACUACAUCCCCGAGGAGAAAAGGCAGGAGCUGCUGGAGCUGUACCAUGAAAGGCUCCUAACUCUGGAGCAGAUGAUAACCGUGGUCACCACUGUCAUUAAGAAAAAGGAGUCUACAGGCAGGAAGCUCCAUGUUGCAGUCAAGGACAAGGACACCGUGACAGCAGCAGGAGAGGAUGAGGAUGGCUCCACCAAAGAAGAACCAUGGGAAACAGCCUUGAAAACCACAGUCGUUGACUUGGACGUUGGAGAGUACCGGGGCCACAAGGUCUCGGUGUGGGACCUGCUGCACUCCAAGUAUAUCCCUGAGGAGAACAGGAAGGAGCUCCUGGAGCUGUACCAGGCCGGAGAGUUAACCCUUGAUCAGGUGAGAACCGUGGUGAGCACUAUUGUGUCAAAGGCAGAAGCAGCAAGGGUAAAGGAGAGCAGCUCCGGGGCAAAGGAGAGCAGCUCCAUAGCAAAGGAGAGCAGCCCCAAGGAGAGCAGCCCCAAGGCAGAGUCGAUGCUCGCAGGAGCAGAGCACACGGAGCUGCAGGAGGACAGGGCCUGGGCAGAGACCCUGAGGAGCACCACAGUGGAGGUGUCAGAGGAUGGUUUCGAGGGGGAGCAGGUCUCAGUGUGGGACCUGCUCUUCUCUGGCUGCAUCCCCGAGGAGAAAAGGCAGGAGCUGCUGGAGCUGUACCGUGUCAGGACAUUGCCCUUGGAGCAGUUAACGGCUGUGGUCACCAUGCUCGUCAAGAAAAAGGAGUCUACAGGCAGGAAGCUCCAUGUUGCAGUCAAGGACAAGGACACCGUGACAGCAGCAGGAGAGGAUGAGGAUGGCUCCACCAAAGAAGAACCAUGGGAAACAGCCUUGAAAACCACAGUCGUUGACUUGGACGUUGGAGAGUACCGGGGCCACAAGGUCUCGGUGUGGGACCUGCUGCACUCCAAGUAUAUCCCUGAGGAGAACAGGAAGGAGCUCCUGGAGCUGUACCAGGCCGGAGAGUUAACCCUUGAUCAGGAGAGCAGCCCCAGGGCAAAGGAGAGCAGCCCCAAGGCAAAGGAGAGCAGCCCCAAGGCAGAGUCGACGCUCGCAGGAGCAGAGCACACGGAGCUGCAGGAGGACAGGGCCUGGGCAGAGACCCUGAGGAGCACCACAGUGGAGGUGUCAGAGGAUGGUUUCGAGGGGGAGCAGGUCUCAGUGUGGGACCUGCUCUUCUCUGGCUGCAUCCCCGAGGAGAAAAGGCAGGAGCUGCUGGAGCUGUACCGUGUCAGGACAUUGCCCUUGGAGCAGUUAACGGCUGUGGUCACCAUGCUCGUCAAGAAAAAAGAGUCUACAGGCAGGAAGCUCCAUGUUGCAGUCAAGGACAAGGACACCGUGACAGCAGCAGGAGAGGAUGAGGAUGACUCCACCAAAGAAGAACCAUGGGAAACAGCCUUGAAAACCACAGUCGUUGACUUGGACAUUGGAGAGUACCGGGGCCACAAGGUCUCGGUGUGGGACCUGCUGCACUCCAAGUAUAUCCCUGAGGAGAACAGGAAGGAGCUCCUGGAGCUGUACCAGGCCGGAGAGUUAACCCUUGAUCAGGAGAGCAGCCCCAAGGCAGAGUCGAUGGUUGCAGGAGCAGAGCACACUGAGCUGCAGGAGGACAGGGCCUGGGCAGAGACCCUGAGGAGCACCACAGUGGAGGUGUCAGAGGAUGGUUUCGAGGGGGAGCAGGUCUCAGUGUGGGACCUGCUCUUCUCUGGCUGCAUCCCCGAGGAGAAAAGGCAGGAGCUGCUGGAGCUGUACCGUGCCGGGACAUUGCCCUUGGAGCAGUUAACGGCUGUGGUCACCAUGCUCGUCAAGAAAAAGGAAUCUACAGGCAGGAAGUUCCACGUUGCAGUCAAGGACAAGGACACCGUGACAGCAGCAGGAGAGGAUGAGGAUGGCUCCACCAAAGAAGAACCAUGGGAAACAGCCUUGAAAACCACAGUCGUUGACUUGGACGUUGGAGAGUACCGGGGCCACAAGGUCUCGGUGUGGGACCUGCUGCACUCCAAGUAUAUCCCUGAGGAGAACAGGAAGGAGCUCCUGGAGCUGUACCAGGCCGGAGAGUUAACCCUUGAUCAGGUGAGAACCGUGGUGAGCACUAUUGUGUCAAAGGCAGAAGCAGCAAGGGUAAAGGAGAGCAGCUCCGGGGCAAAGGAGAGCAGCCCCAUGGAGGACAGGGCCUGGGCAGAGACCCUGAGGAGCACCACAGUGGAGGUGUCAGAGGAUGGUUUCGAGGGGGAGCAGGUCUCAGUGUGGGACCUGCUCUUCUCUGGCUGCAUCCCCGAGGAGAAAAGGCAGGAGCUGCUGGAGCUGUACCGUGUCAGGACAUUGCCCUUGGAGCAGUUAACGGCUGUGGUCACCAUGCUCGUCAAGAAAAAGGAAUCUACAGGCAGGAAGUUCCACGUUGCAGUCAAGGACAAGGACACCGUGACAGCAGCAGGAGAGGAUGAGGAUGGCUCCACCAAAGAAGAACCAUGGGAAACAGCCUUGAAAACCACAGUCGUUGACUUGGACGUUGGAGAGUACCGGGGCCACAAGGUCUCGGUGUGGGACCUGCUGCACUCCAAGUAUAUCCCUGAGGAGAACAGGAAGGAGCUCCUGGAGCUGUACCAGGCCGGAGAGUUAACCCUGGAUCAGGUGAGAACCGUGGUGAGCACUAUUGUGUCAAAGGCAGAAGCAGCAAGGGUAAAGGAGAGCAGCCCCAGG